AUGAUGCGUGAUAGAGUGUCAGCAAAAGCUGAGAUGGCUCCUUUCCAACAGACCGGCUCUCGCGGCCCCGCAGCCCGGCAGCACACGCGAGCUUCCCGGCGCAGCCCCGCGGUGACGGUGGACCUUACGGAGCCUCACUUUGCCGACAUGGGAGACAUGGGGGACCCGCCGAAAAAAAAGCGCCUGGUGUCUCUGUGCGUGGGCUGCGGGAACCAGAUCCACGACCAGUACAUCCUGCGGGUCUCCCCGGACCUGGAGUGGCACGCCGCGUGCCUCAAAUGCGCCGAGUGCAGCCAGUACCUGGACGAGUCGUGCACGUGCUUCGUCAGGGACGGAAAGACUUAUUGUAAACGGGACUACAUCAGCCGGCAGCUCAUCCCCGGGGACGAGUUCGCCCUGCGGGAGGACGGCCUCUUCUGCCGGGCCGACCACGACGUGGUGGAGCGGGCCAGCCUGGGCAGCGGAGACCCGCUCAGCCCGCUGCACCCGGCCCGCCCGCUGCAGAUGGCAGGUCUGGGGUCCGGGGUCUGGGGCAGGGUUCCGGUGGCUGGGGUCCAGGGACCUGGGAUCCUGGGCCGGGGGAAGUGCUCUAGUCCGGAACCCGGUCAGGCCACAGAUAAGAUAAACCGGGAGCUGAUGUCAGAAAUACCCCCGGUUAUCUCUGCCGUGGGGGCAGAACCAAUCUCCGCGCGGCAGCCCGCGCUGCGGCCGCACGUGCACAAGCAGCCGGAGAAGACGACGCGCGUGCGCACGGUGCUGAACGAGAAGCAGCUGCACACGCUGCGGACCUGCUACAACGCCAACCCGCGGCCCGACGCGCUCAUGAAGGAGCAGCUCGUGGAGAUGACCGGCCUCAGCCCGCGGGUCAUCCGCGUCUGGUUCCAGAACAAGCGCUGCAAGGACAAGAAGAGGAGCCUGCUCAUGAAGCAGCUGCAGCAGCAGCAGCCCAACGACAAGACGGUGAGAGGCCCCACACGCACGCGCACGAGCACACGCGCGCACGAACCAGCUCCAGAAAAGAGCAAAGGCGCACCGAACCCGUGGAACCGAGAGAAGGCCCCGCGGACGCAUGCGCCCCGGGGGCUUCUCUCCCACGCCAGGAACAUCCAGGGAAUGACCGGGACCCCCAUGGUGGCCGCCAGCCCGGAGCGGCACGACGGCGGCCUGCAGGCGAACCCGGUGGAGGUGCAGAGCUACCAGCCGCCCUGGAAGGUGCUCAGCGACUUCGCCCUGCAGAGCGACAUCGACCAGCCGGCCUUCCAGCAACUGGUCAGUUUCUCGGAGGGAGGACCGGGCUCCAACUCGACGGGCAGCGAGGUAGCAUCCAUGUCGUCCCAGCUUCCCGACACGCCGAACAGCAUGGUGUCCAGCCCCAUCGAGGCUUAGGCGCGCGCGCGCGUGCGCGUGGACGCACCGGACGGAGAGAAUUUAAAAAAAAAAAAAAGAAGCCCUGGCUGUCCCAGUUCCUCCCGACAAAAACAAACAAACAAACAAAAAAAAAAAAAACACCAAACAACCCCCUGGCCGGUUGUAAUUUUUUU